CAACAGAGCAAACCCCAAGUGCCGCGCGCCGAGCACGCACAGGACAAGUCGAGCGCCAUGAUCAUGCUGAAGAAGAAGAAGGAGCAAGCCGAAAGGGAAGCAGCGGCGGCGGCGGCGGCCGCUGCCCCAGCCCCACCUGCUACUGAGGACAGUGUGCCUGCAUUAAACGAUGAUGCCAAUACUCGUGCAUCGGCCGCCGCACCUCCUGCGCCGGGGGGAAUCAAGAUCAUGGGUCUUGGUCGUGGCACACGCAAGUCCAAGGAAAAGAAGCGCACCCCCGGCGAAAUCCGCAUUCAAAAAGACAUUGCCGAACUCGACGGAGGGUCGGCUGCUGUCGUGAGUUUUCCCGACUCGAACGACCUGACAAACUUCCACGUUCGGAUUACUGUCGACACGGGGUUGUGGACUGGAGCUGCCUACACCUUUACGUUCAAAAUUCCAUCGUUCUACCCACAUGAGCCGCCCAAAGUGCGUUGCAUGACCAAGAUCUACCACCCCAAUAUCGAUCUCGACGGCAACGUGUGUUUGAAUAUUCUUCGCGAAGACUGGAAACCCGUGCUCGACAUCAAUGCUGUCAUCUACGGCCUCAUCUACCUCUUCUACGAGCCCAACCCGGACGACCCGCUCAACCGCGAAGCGGCCGAGAUGUUUCGAAGCGACCCCCGUCGAUUCCAGGACGUCGUCGGUCGUAGUUUGCGUGGCCAGUACGUUCAAGGCAUCCAGUUUGAACGCCUGGUCUAGUUGGGGACGCACCGACGCGAUAGACGUAACCAAGUUGCCGUCGCGUUUUGGUUGCUGCACGUCGACCUCGCAUGCCCACCGCGGCGUGCAUCCUCCAUCUAGACCGUGGCAAUCCACGUCUACCGUCCCGUCUGGUGGACGACGAGUCGUCGCGAUGGCAUUGUGUUUUCGGUCACAACAAGCGCAUGGCUCUCGGAUCUGGCUCUGCCUUUGGCCAUCUUCGUCGUUGACUGUUGGUGCGAUAUAUCGACCUACGACGCCACGUUCCAGUGGUGCAUGUGC